UGCAGCACUUCAAAAUCUAAGAGCUCCUUCCUCUCUUCCAUAGGGUCAAGACAGGGAGGGAGCUGAGGGCAAGGCCCCCCCAAAGAGUCCAGAGACCCUUCCGCCCCACUGCUGCUCGACUCAGGGAUGAGUGCAGGUAGAGUUAACCCUUACAGCAUCGUAUCUUCUGAGGAAGAAGGGUUGACUUUAACCACCAUGCCGGGAGUGAAUGGCUUUGGCAACGGUAAGAUCCACACAAGGAGGAAAUGCCGGAACCGGUUUGUUAAGAAGAACGGACAAUGCAACGUUGAGUUUACCAACAUGGAUGACAAACCACAGAGAUACAUUGCGGACAUGUUCACUACGUGUGUGGACAUCCGCUGGAGAUAUAUGCUGCUGCUCUUCUCCCUUGCCUUUCUGGUGUCCUGGUUGUUGUUUGGUCUUAUUUUUUGGCUCAUAGCGCUUGUCCACGGAGAUAUCGAGAAGCCAGUCAAGGACGAAACAUUCACCCCUUGCCUCCUCCAAGUGAAUGGCUUCGUGGCCGCUUUCCUGUUCUCCAUUGAGACACAGACCACGAUAGGCUAUGGGUUCCGGUGCGUGACAGAGGAGUGCCCGCUCGCUGUUUUCAUGGUGGUCCUCCAGUCCAUCGUGGGGUGUAUCAUAGACUCUUUUAUGAUUGGCGCCAUCAUGGCAAAAAUGGCUAGGCCCAAGAAGAGGGCUGAAACUUUACUCUUCAGCCAUCAUGCGGUCAUAGCCAUGAGGGACGGCAAGCUUUGCCUGAUGUGGAGAGUGGGGAACCUGCGGAAAAGCCACAUUGUUGAGGCUCAUGUCAGAGCUCAGCUAAUUAAGUCCAGGAUCACCGAAGAGGGGGAAUACAUCCCGCUUGACCAAAUAGAUAUCGACGUUGGGUUCGACAAAGGCUUGGACCGUAUUUUCUUAGUGUCUCCGCUCACCAUCCUCCACGAGAUCAACGAAGAGAGCCCUCUGUUUGGGAUUAGCCGGCAGGAUCUGGAAACGGACGACUUUGAAAUCGUGGUUAUCCUCGAGGGCAUGGUGGAAGCUACCGCCAUGACAACACAAGCCCGGAGCUCCUACUUGUCCAGCGAGAUCUUGUGGGGCCACCGCUUUGAGCCCGUCUUGUUUGAGGAGAAAUGCCAGUACAAAGUUGACUACUCGCACUUCCACAAGACGUACGAGGUCCCGUCGACCCCAUGCUGCAGUGCCAAGGACCUGAUGGAAAACAAAUUCCUCCUCCCGAGCACCAACUCUUUCUGCUACGAGAACGAGCUUGCCUUCAUGAGCCGCGAUGAGGAGGAGGAGGAGGAGGAGGAGGACGAUGACGACAGCAGAGGUUUGGACGAUCCAGGCUCAGACAACCAGCCUGAAUUUGAGACGCUGCAGGCCACUGUAGCUCUGGAUCAAAGAUCCUACAGAAGGGAGUCGGAAAUAUGACCCAGGGCCCCUGUAACUGCUUUCGAGGGUGUCUCCCCCCUCCCUGGUCUCUUUCCCUCCUCAACGAAACCCAACUCAAAUUAUGCAGAACAAUGCAAGUGCCAUAGGAAUGCCUGAGAGCUAGAAUGGUUUUUAGGGUGUUGUUUUUGUUGUGCGUUUUUUAAAAAAACAAAAAAAACCCAAGGUUUAAUUGCAAUAACCACUGGAUGACAUCGUCUGAGAAACCAUAGCCUGCCUCAAAGUGUUGUGAACAUCCAGUGUUAACAAAGCUGUUAAGAGAACAUAUUGAAGGACAGAUUCAAUAUGGCGGCACCACAAGCUUAGAAACCCAACCAUUGUGAGCUUGAGGCUCUGUGCAGGAGGAGUAUCAUCGCAUCCAGAGUGAUAUGAUCCAGGGCUCAUCCCUCUUGUCCUGCAACUUUAUCCCAGGGACAACAGUUCUUUAGCAAUCAGUUGGAGCAGACGGCAUUUCAGGUUUUAUCUGGAUUGCUGUUUGGUGUGGUUUAAAGCUAAAGAGUGGGUUUUCCCUGGGAAAGGUUUGGGGCAAGGGGGGAACUGCACAGACCCAUGCUUGGGAAGUGUGGGUCAAGCGGAAAACUGCUUGGACCUGUGCUUUCUAAGCACAGGACAAGUGGAAAUGUGGGCAAGCCCCUUGUCUGUAUGCUCCCCGUUGAAAAUGAGGGUAUUAUUUUUUUUAAAAAAAGCUAAGCACUAUACAAUUUCAAAAGGAGAAAAUAUUAGGAAGCAAAAUCGUGUUGUUGUUUUUCAAAAUAUGAAUGAACAAAUUAUAUUAUAUUUAAUAUAUGUAAUAUAUACAUGUACUGCCUGGAGAUGUAAUUCUGUUGCACUAGAUCAGCACUUGAAGUCCUACAGCUCAUAGUACACCUUUUUUGUUGAGGGGAAAGCAAGUGAGGUUACCGCAUUUUUCCGUCUAUAAGACGCCCCCAUGUAUAAGACACCCCCUAUUUUGGGGGCAACAACCAAUCGCCAGUCCACCCUCAGCACUAUCUGUGUAAAAGA